AAUUGUAAGCUAGGAGAGGAGCUUAAAUCAACACAUCAUUAAGAGUUCUUAAUUUUUUUUUUUUUAAUAAUGAGAUUUAAAAGAUGAGACGCCAUUUAAGUGGUAUUUAGUAGCUUAUUGAGUUUUGCCCUUAUUGGAAACGCGCCGUCAGUAAAUUGAAACUAAAAUUCAGUGCUGCGCCUGCACCAGUUUCUCGGAUAAACAAAUAAUCGCUUGCCGUAUGAAAUAAUUGGUUGUGUGAAACUUUGCACAGAAAGGAAUCGGUUUUAAACAGAAGGAAAUAUCGCAAAAAUAAAAAUGGCUUUUGAUAAUUUAAAGAAACAAGAACAAGCUCGGCAGUUACGGUAUUCACGCUCAAGAUUUCGUCGCAUCAAUUCAUUGGAUCAAAUACCCGAAGACCCUAACCAGGAUCAAUCUUCACAAACAGCGCUAGAUGCACACAGGCAUCCAGUUUCUGGACACAGAACAGAAGUCCUGCGAAAAUCGCCGCGUACAAUUGUUACUUCCUUGUGGAUGGUUCUUCUCUUCUGGCCCCAACUGUUGAUCAAAUUAGCAUUCGUCCUUAUUCGGUUUAUCCUUUAUCUUCCGCUAUCUAUAGCCGCACCCAGCUUUUGGCUCUCAGCAUUAUUAUGGAUAUUCUGGAAGUUCACACGCAUACCUAUGGCAUUGGUAAAGUGGCUAUUGGAUUUAUCAUCGGAUGGACAGCAACACCAUAAGCGUACAGUUCUGAUUAGUUGUGGAAGUACAAUUCAAACUUUACAUCUAGCCCGUAACUUUUACUCCUCCGGUUCACGUGUAGUAGUAUUCGAAUUCGAAGGUCUAUUUGGAUUAGCGCGAUUCUCCACAGCAGUCGACAAAUUUUACGUUGUGCCAAAACCAAGUCCAAAUAAUGUGGAUAAUUAUAUAACUGCUUUAUGUCAGAUCGUUAACAAGGAGAAGCCUUCCGUUUAUAUACCGGUUUGCGCAACAAGCCCUGCUUACUACGAUGCACUUGCUAAACAACACCUGGAGCUGCUCGGCUGUGCAAGUUUCAUUCCGGGCUUCAAUGAAACCUGCGUGUUGGACGACUGCCUUGAAUUUUUUAGAAAGUGUACAGCUCAUAAUAUUUCAUUGCCACCCUACAACGUGCUCACUUCGCCCAAUGAUCUGCAAAAAUUAUACGAGGACAACUUUAUCAGUAAUUAUCGAAACAUUUUAAUGGCGGUCGGUGCUCAAGGCUUAAUCGAACGUUUUAAGUACUUAUUGCCAAAAAAUAGAAUAGAUAUUAAAUUUAAUCACGAAAUAAGUGAAAGUGAAAAGUGGAUUGUGAUACGCGAUUUGCCAGGAGAACACUACGUCACAUGCACAACAGUAAAAGAUUCUCGGGUUGUAUCAAAUGUUACAUGUAGAGUUGAGCAUGAGACGAAAAAUUUGAUACCGGUAACAUCAUUAAAUUCACAUAAUCAUACAGUCAUGUCAGACGAAUCACAAAUAGACAUAUGGCUCAAGACGUUUUUCGCCAAAGUACGCUUUCAACGUAGCAUUAAUGGGCAUAUGAGUUUCCGGCUGAUUAAAUGUCAGGGCACGUCACAAUUUAUCCCGCUUGGUAUACGAAUCGGCGUCUCAUUACCAUACAUAUGCUAUAAUCGUUCUCACGCCCAAGUGCUCUGCCGAACUAUGAAAUGUAUACAUCGGAGAGAAUUAAGUUUUACUAGUCCAGCCGAGGAAUCGGCACUGGGGGCGUUGACGGCCAACUUCCGCUGGAGCUCUGUAGAACGCUCCACUCCCACUACUGUAUUGGAUAAGAGAGAAGCUCUAUUCGCUUAUUGGGAUCCACUGCCAUAUUGUGCUUACUAUCAUUUUCAAUUGCCGCUCAAAUCCGUCAAGAUGUUUUUGCAAAAGCGCCAUCGCUCCACAAAAACAUUGUCACCACGCAUCACAAUGCCAGUUCAUUGAACGUUGUAUACGCUGCUGAUUAUUUUCGGUAUAUUGCGAUGGGCAAUGCUGAAACACACAUUUGUAAAUAUGGAAAUAUAUAUAUAUAUGUAUAUAUAUAUAUGUAAUGUAGAUAUGUGCAUAUUUAUAUGAGUUUGUUUGUGCGUGCCCUAAAAACUACUUUUGAUAUCACCCCUAGAUGAUAAACGAGGGCACUUUCAUUUAUAAAGAUAAAGCAAGGAACAACAAAUAUAUUUAAAUUACACAAUGUGGAGCAGAAAGAGAGAGAGAGAGAAAGAGAGAGAGAGAGAGAGA